AUGGCGAAGCCUUCCUAUUCCAGCCUUCCGCUCGAGCUGCGGCUUCACAUCCUCGAGUUCGCUCUCGACACCCACCUAGACCCACCCCAACAGCUCACUGAGCAGAUUACCAACGCCAUAAAAACCGAGUAUUCGCUAAACCAGGAUUCGAAGGAUAUACAAAACAUAUUCUUCAACAAGACCCCAACCACUACAAGUUUGAUGCUGGUGAGCAAGGAUUUCAAAAGGGAUGUCUGUCGUAUUUUGAGCAAACCAACACGCCCUGUCCUCGAUCUGCUUAUUGGCUUUCCAUUGAAACGGAAAAGGAGACAAUAUGACUGGCACUCGCUCAUGCGUGAAGACAUCACCCAGAGAUAUGAGUACUGGGUGCUGAUGGCAACCUGGCUUCAACCUCCACGGAUUCAUCAAAAAGUUAUACCGAGACUGGACAUAAGAGUAAGGGGAAAAAAGGGGUUGGUGAAGGACGUUGGAGACUUAGCCAACCGCUGGCUACGAGCUGUUCUCUUGCCUGUGUUCGAACGCGGUAUAUUUGAAGAUCCCUAUAAAUUCGUUCAAAGAUUCUGCGCGCCAGGAAACCGUAUCAAUCGUCUCCGGUUCUCAUUCAUCGCUACCUCCGAUACGCACCGCGUCAGUUACCCGCCAGUUGAGCGCAUAACUGAAACAGACGUAGACGACCUCAACCCACUCUGGAACGAUCUAUUUGGUCUUUGUAACUUUUUCUCCUCCAUGGACAUAACUUUGACAGAAGCCCUUGCUCAGUACGUGGAUGAGAUAGAGUUAGCAGUCAACGACACUCCCGUCUUUCGACUUAGACCUCUGACAGCCAGCGCGGGAUUGAGAAUGAAAAACAUGGCCCUUACCAUCAAUCGUCCGUAUCUUCAAGCAAUCGGCUUUAUUUUGAACAUUCGAAUUCACGCCGUUAUUUCGAUCGAUCUUCCAGGUGAAUCCGGCUUCAUGUGUCAAGGCCAUAUGCCAGAAGUACCUACAUGGGAAGAUCUGCUUUUGAUAGAGGACGCAGAGACAGCGUAA